AUGGAUGAAACAGCAUCCAAUUUUCGUGCGCAGUGGGUCAAUCCAUCAGAUUUAUUCUCAAUCCUCUUAAUUAUUGGCGGGGAUGUCAUUGCCAUCGCUCAGGCAGCCCUCUCCGGCGGCCCUAUCACCCCCGUUACCUUCUCUUUCGGAUGGGUAUCGUACGCUAUCUCGGCGCUACUCACUGUCCAAAGCGAGGGCCGCCUGAUGCCUCCGAGCCCUGACUCUACGCUCCAGGUAAUCAACCUAGCCACGGGGUAUAAGCGAUUCAACCGGUCCUGGACUUUAGGGCGUGUGUUUCAGAAUUAUGAAUACUGGAUGCCAGCAGAAGUACGACUGCGACUGCAAGCCCACCCGGUCUUGUACGAGGAUGAGGAAGCCAGGAUUGCAGACAUGGAGAUGUCGGCGAAGGUCACGGCAACGACAGAAAUAAACCCCAAUCCUCGCAAAUUUGUGAGCCCCCGCCAGGCCGGCCUCUGCAUCAGUGUUUAUGAGUGGGCGCUGGAUGGUCCCCAUCCGGUGGGGAAGCCUGGUCGUGACUGGGUGCAUUGGCUAGGAAUCGUCGUGACGGUGGUUCAACUAGGCGUCAGUGUGAUACCAUUUGCCCUGUUCGGAGACUGGAGUAUCUUCCUGGUGACGGUGGCCGGGACAAUACUGGCCUACGCGUCUGGCGCACUGCCGCAGUGGGGGAAGGAGAAAUGGGCGUGUCGGAUCUUAGAAAAGCGCAAGGAUAUUGCGUUGACGAUUGGUGUUGGCACGCAGCAUGUGAUCUUGGUGCGUGGUGCGAAGGGCGGGUUGGAUUUGGAAGACAUGGCUGGGGGCCAGUUGCCGGAAGACGAGGGGGAGCAGACACGCAGGAGUCCACUGAUGCGACUGAUGAGCCCAGGCAAUACGACGCGCAUGGUCAUGUUUCUGUUGGUGGUGCUGUGGCUCAUGCUUCUCCUCAGCAGCACGGGGAUCCAGGAACAUUCAUGGUUUCUACUCGCGGUGGGCGGCACUGGCAUGGUGCAAAAUCUCAUCACGGCUGGGGCUCCGCGUCAGCCGGCGAUGUUGGGAAUUCCGCUUCGGCUGGCUACGCGUCCGGACUCGAAGAACGAAGCAAGUCCAAUCCCGAUGGUGUUCGCCGAAUUCAAGAUUAUGCAUACGCUAAUGGAGCUCGAGUUGGACUUCAAGGGGGCUGGUCGAAUUCUGCUCUCAGAGUUCUUCCCUGGAGGCGGCGGCCUACUGCCUUGGGAGGAAAAAUGGUGGUCCAGCGAUGACCCGGACGUUCGGCGUCAGCUACUACGGGCCGCGCGAGAAAAAGAAUUCAACAAACAGAGGCGUAGAAUGCAGGCUGGUUGA